AUUAUCCUUUAUCUUUCUCUCUCCUCCUUCAACUAUAUCUACUCUCUCUCCUACUCCCACAGUUAUUCCAACAACAAUGAGAAGAAAAACCAAUAUCAAUAUGCUACAUGCUUAUUGAUCUUCUCUUCACAAUUCACACUCUCUCUAACUCACAUUGUUUUUAUUUUUAUUUUUAAAAUUUGGUAUCUGAUCCAAGAACCUCGCACUCGCAUUGUCUGUGUAAAGUGAUUUUGCUUCUUCGUGAUGGAAGCAGGUGAAGAUUGUUGUGUGAAAGUUGCGGUUCAUGUGAGACCAUUAAUCAAUGAUGAGAAGCUUCAAGGUUGUAAAGAUUGUGUAACUGUUGUUUCUGGGAAGCCUCAGGUGCAAAUUGGUGCUCAUUCCUUUACAUUUGAUCAUGUUUAUGGGAGCACUGGUUCUCCCUCAUCUGCCAUGUUUGAUGAAUGUGUUUCUUCCCUUGUUGGUGGUUUGUUCCAAGGAUAUAAUGCUACUGUUCUUGCAUAUGGUCAGACAGGUUCUGGGAAAACAUACACAAUGGGAACUGGGUCUAAAGAUGGUUAUCAAGCAGGAAUAGUACCCCAAGUUAUGAGUUCCUUGUUUAGUAAAAUUGAGACCUUAAAGAAUCAGAUUGAAUUUCAGCUGCAUGUGUCCUUUAUCGAGAUUCUUAAAGAAGAAGUAAGAGAUUUGCUGGACCCGUCCUUUUUGAGCAAACCAGAUACUACAAAUGGACAUACAGGGAAAGUGACUAUUCCUGGUAAACCGCCUAUACAAAUUCGCGAGGCUUCAAAUGGCGUCAUUACUCUAGCGGGAUCUACUGAAGUCAGUGUUGCAACAUUAAAAGAAAUGUCUGCUUGCCUAGAACAAGGAUCAUUGAGUAGAGCAACUGGGAGCACUAAUAUGAACAACCAAUCCAGUCGUUCCCAUGCCAUCUUCACCAUCACAUUAGAGCAGAUGCGGAAGCUCAACAAUCCUAGUGAGAUCAGUUUAAAUGAUACCAUGAAUGAAGAUUAUCUUUGUGCCAAGUUGCACUUGGUAGAUCUUGCUGGAUCAGAACGAGCUAAACGAACGGGUUCUGAUGGUUUGCGUUUUAAGGAAGGAGUUCACAUUAACAAAGGUCUACUAGCACUUGGCAAUGUGAUUAGUGCACUCGGUGAUGAGAAAAAGAGAAAAGAAGGCGUUCAUGUUCCUUAUAGAGAUAGUAAACUUACCAGGCUUUUGCAGGAUUCACUUGGUGGUAACAGCAGAACUGUUAUGAUAGCCUGUAUAAGUCCUGCUGACAUUAAUGCCGAGGAAACCCUCAACACUUUGAAGUAUGCAAAUCGUGCACGCAAUAUCCGAAAUAAGCCUGUUGUCAAUAGAGAUCCAAUGUCCAAUGAGAUGCUUAAAAUGCGACAACAACUAGAGACUUUGCAAGCAGAACUUUGUGCUCGUUCUGGUGGCUCUUCUGAUGAAGUUCAGGUCCUCAAGGAAAGAAUUUCUUGGCUUGAAGCAGCUAAUGAGGAUCUUUGCCGCGAACUUCAUGAAUAUCGUAGUAGAUGCUCUGGUGCAGUACAAAGUGAAAAGGAUGCUUAUGACGGUAGCAUGUACAAUGUAAAGACUGAUGGGCUUAAAAGGGGCUUACCUUUCACAGCCCCCGACUAUCCAACGAGUGAAGCAACGGCAGGGGAUUCAAGGGAAAUUGAAGAAGUAGCAAAAGAGUGGGAGCAUACACUUCUGCAAAACAGUAUGGAUAGGGAGUUACAUGAAUUGAAUAAACGCUUGGAGCAGAAAGAGUCUGAGAUGAAGCUUUUUGGAUCAUCUGAUCCUGAAACACUCAAGCAGCACUUUGGAAGGAAGAUCAUGGAACUUGAGGAUGAGAAGAGAACUGUCCAGCAAGACAGGGAUCGUCUUUUGGCUGAAGUUGAAAAUCUUGCUGCCGGUUCUGACGGACAAACACACAAAUCAGAGGAUAUCCAUGCCCAAAAAUUAAAAGCACUUGAAGCUCAGAUUCUGGAUAUGAAGAAGAAACAAGAUAGCCAGGUUCAGCUUCUAAAGCAAAAGCAAAAAAGUGAUGAAGCAGCAAAGCGCCUUCAAGAUGAAAUACAAUCUAUAAAAGCCCAAAAGGUUCAAUUGCAACAAAGGAUAAAACAAGAGGCAGAACAAUUUCGGCAGUGGAAGGCCUCUAGAGAGAAAGAGCUGCUGCAAUUAAAGAAAGAAGGAAGAAGAAACGAAUUUGAAAGGCAUAAGCUGCAAGCUCUAAAUCAGCGUCAGAAAAUGGUCCUUCAGAGAAAAACCGAGGAAGCUGCAAUGGCCACCAAGAAGUUAAAGGAAUUGUUAGAAGCUCGUAAAUCUUCUAACCGAGAUGCAUCAGUUACAGUGAAUGGGAGUGGAACAACUAAACAGAGCAAUGAGAAGUCCUUGCAACGGUGGGUUGAUCACGAGCUAGAAGUCAUGGUAAAAGAGCAUGAAGUUCGUUUUGAGUAUGAGAAGCAGAGCCAAGUGCGGGCUGCUCUUGGAGAGGAGUUAGCCAUGCUGAAACAAGUAAACGAAUUUGCUGCCAGUGGUCUUAGUCCUCCAAAAGGGAAGAACGGAUUUGCUAGAGCAUUCUCCAUGUCGCUAAAUGCUAGAAUGGCCAGAAUAGCUUCGCUAGAGAACAUGCUGAGCAUAUCAUCUAAUUCACUUGUGGCAAUGGCUUCUCAACUAUCUGAGGCAGAAGAACGAGAACGGGCCUUUACUAACCGUGGACACUGGAACCAGUUGCGCUCAAUGGGAGAAGCCAAAAUUUUGCUUCAAUAUAUGUUCAAUUCUCUUGCAGACACGAGGUGUCAAAUGUGGGAGAAGGAUAUGGAGAUGAGAGAAAUGAAAGAUCAAAUCAGAGAACUUGUAGGUCUACUACGGCAAAGCGAGAUCAAGAGGAAGGAAGUUGAGAAGGAACUAAAAGUGAGAGAGCUAGAUGAUGCAACCACAUUGGCCAAGCCAGUUUCGGGAAACUCUCCAAAUUCAUUGAAACACUCUGUAGACGACAUCAAGGAACCUUUAUCUCCGGAUCCUGUGCCAGCAUCAAAACAGCGCAAAUAUACACCAGGCAUUGCUAAUGGCCAAGUGAGGGAAUCAGCUGCAUUUAUAGAUCAAAGUAGAAAGAUGGUACCCAUUGGGCAAUUGUCAAUGAAAAAACUAGCAGUUGCAGGACAAGCUUCUGGCAAGCUAUGGAGGUGGAAAAGGAGCCAUCAUCAGUGGCUAAUACAAUUCAAAUGGAAGUGGCAGAAACCAUGGAAACUUUCUGAACGGAUUCGACACAGUGAUGAGACGAUGAUGAGAGCAAGGCCACGUUCACAUACUUUGCCUCAAAUCAAGUGAAUUUGAUAGUUAGCGUGAUCAGCCAUUUGUCUUGGCUUAGAUUUCACUAUAUUUCUUACAACAGUGAUCCUAGACACAAGACAUAGAAAGAACAUUUAACUAAGUACAGAGUGAUGUAAAUGGUUGCUAACAGUAUAUACCUCUAUCAGUCUCGGUUAAUACUACCCAAAUCUUGAAAAUGAUUCCAUAGUUAGUUAGUUACAGCAUACGGAGCAUUUUGUGAGGUGUGUUGAAAUGUUCCCCGACAGUUAUCAAAUAAUUAAGCAUGGAAGAUAGUUGCUUGCUUGGAGGCAUUGGCAAACAUAUUUCCAGACAAAUUAUAUUGGAAAUUUGUCUGUCCAUACCAACACUAGAAGUAGAAAAAGGAAAUACUGUAUUUUUUUGUCAAGUCUUGGAAAUGUGUUGAGGAUCUAUGUUCCUUAAUGUUAUGUUUCUAUGGUCUUUUUUGUGUUUGAUUCAAUCAUUGAUUUUUGUUGAUAUAAUAAAUAUUGUAGUAUUUUUGUCACAUAGUAACAGAAGGAAAUUCCUCUAUUUUUUCCCCUCUACUAGCCUGUGUGUAAAUGAACAUUAGUAUAGUGUCUUGCAAAAGUUUGUAGUCUACCAUACGGAUUUUGUUGUAAAAGGUUUUUUUUCUUGCAACUUUGUAAAAGGAUGUUGAUAAACACUAUUUUCACGUAUUAA